GCCAUUUACUCUGCUAAUGCCAACAAUUUUAUUGAUGUAUUUAUUUGCGCCUUCCAUUAUAAAUUAAAUUGUGUUUUACAUGCAGGAUUUAGGGUUUUACGCCAUGGCUGUGUUUGAAGUGUAUUCAAUACCAAUAGUGAACCGAUACAAGACUAGCAUUUGUUCUAAAGCUGCGCUAUAUAUAUUAUGCUCCUUGGUGCUGACAUUUAUUCCACCUCUGCUAAUAGCAUACAGAAGUCAAGGUUUUUGGAUGACCACCAACACGUAUGAAGAACAGCCUUCUGUGAGGUUCAAAAAGCAGGUUUUAUUGAUUGUAGACACCCAACAACCUGGGGAAUUUCUUGCAUGGAGCACCUACAGCAACUUUAACAAUAUUGUCCAAGACAACUUAAGAAUUCCACUUGUUACAUCUAUAGAAACGGAUACUAAUGGAGACGGAAUAUUGGAUCAAUUAAAUUUUACAGCACAAGUUCCUCUUUCUACCUCAGAAGAUGUCACAUCUCUUCAACUUCUUCUCUUCUUUGAUUAUCGGCUCUUUCGGAUGUCCACAUUUCAGAUGGAGUCCCUCGCGUACAUCCGACACUCAUCUGUAUCCACAGGAUCUUCAUUCACCAGCUUUGGCGAACUUAAACUUCACCAAAAAACUCCGCUGCGACACAGAGGGGUAGAUGUGAGGUACAACACCUCAAUAGUAGACUCUGCAAGUCUUUCAGCUUCUACAUAUGAUCUUACCAACAUAUUUAGGUCCUACAACCAACGCAACAUCACCACAAUUUUCCCAAAUAAUUACCCAGUUUGGAAAUCCGGUCGUGGUGCGACCCAACCCUUUACAAUACAAGUUAUCAUUGAUUACCCAACCGAGACCAUCAUUUAUCAGCCUGGGUUUUGGGAGCUUAUUAAGUGGGGUUGGGUACAAUAUGUUACAAUAUUACUUUUAUUUCUUUGGGUGUUCAGGGAAAUCAACACAGUUGUGUUCAGCAGUAAAAUGUUUAAAACAGUCAUCGAUAGACCAAAGUUAAAGCAACAUUAAUUUAAAGAUCUGAUCAAAAGCAGGAAUAUUCUGAUUAUAAUGUCUUUAUCAUAUAUUAUAGGUUUGUUACAUUUUAGACUAUUUUUUAACUCAUUUUUGAGUGUGAUAAAUCCACGAACUGAGAACAAA